AUGGCAAGUCCUGCAGAUCUUCUGGAGGCCUUGAUCCAGAAUUUUGGCACUGAACGACAUGCUUGGCAGAUAUUCAUCACUUCCAUCUCCUCCCCGAAACCACCCGGGUCCUCCUGGGGGGUUCCGUUCUCCGGUCCCCGGGUUCUCCGGUUCUUCUUCGGUCCCGACCCGCGGUGGCGAAGCGAACCGCCACGGCAGGUGGCUCAGCACGCGGCCCGCGCCGCGGGGCAUUUGAUCCGGGAGAAGGUGGGCGCCGAGGUGAUCCGCCGCAAGGCCUUCGCCGCGGAUCUGCUCACCGCCGUCGACCAGCAAUGCGAAGAGGCGAUUCAAAGGAUCGUGCAGGAGCAUUUUCCGAGCCACACAUUCCUGGGAGAGGAAACGGCAGAGGAGGGUGCGAUAGAAGCUCUGGAAACCCGCGAAGGCUGGCUCUGGGUGGUCGACCCCAUUGAUGGCACCACCAACUUUGCUUCCGGACAGCCGAUGUCUGCUGUGAGCAUUGGUGUGGCCAAAGAUGGGCAGCUGCGUGUCGCCGUCAUUUAUGAACCCUUCCGCGAUGAGCUCUUCACCGCCUGCGCCGGCCGCGGGGCGCUCCUGAACGGCCGGCGGAUCCAGGUCUCGGGGGCCAAGGAACUGAAGGAGGCCGUGGUGGCCUCGGGCUGUGCACCCAAUCCCAAGAGUUCGGCGCCUUGCCUCCGCGCCAUGACGGCCUUGGCGCCCCAGACUCGGACGCUGCGAAUCCUGGGUUCGGCGGCCGUGAACUUUGCAUGGCUCGCCUGCGGGCGCCUUGACGCCUGGUUCGAGGUGGAUCUCAAUAGUUGGGACAGUGCUGCUGGCGCGCUGUUGGUUCAGGAGGCUGGUGGGAUGGUGACGGAUUGCAAGGGUUCGCCUUAUCGCCUGAGUACUCGGCCGAUCUGUGCGAGCAAUGGCUUGCUCCAUUUCGACUUGCUGGAAGUGUUGGCCGAGACGGAAGCAACUGACUUGGAUCCCUAG